AUGUCUCCCAAACGCCGUGUUGCUUCAAACUCCGCAGCUUCGCAAGCUCAACCGGCAUCUCCCAGAACAGCACCUAUGACUAGCCAUGCCUCAAAACUCCCUUUGUCACCCAAUUCCUCUGCCCAAGAAAUUGUCGUUGUCAUCUGGCAGCGGUAUCUAUCACAAACGCCCAAGAGAACCCUCCAGCUCGACGCAUUCAUGGCAUUUCUGGUUCUUGUAGGAGCAGUGCAAUUUGUCUAUUGCGUACUGGUGGGGAAUUAUCCGUUCAAUGCGUUUCUAGGCGGCUUCUCCGCUGCCGUUGGGCAAUUUGUACUCACGGCCAGUUUGAGGAUGCAGACGAGCCACCAGGGCGGAAAGGAUGGGAAGGCCACAUCUACGUCGAACAUUGUGUCGACACCGACGGAUGGACAUCUACUGUCGAAUGGAACGUCGAGCGAAAGGGCAUUUGCGGACUAUGUCUUUGGCAGUUUGAUAUUGCAUUUCUUCUGCGUCAAUUUUAUUAACUGA